AUGAAGAUGGUUUCCAUAUUUCUUUCUCGAUUGGUGAUUUUGAUUUUCGGCGCGUUGUUUCCCGCCUAUCAUUCGUACAAAGUGGUGAAGGGAAGGCGACUGCGCGAUUAUGUCAGAUGGACGAUGUACUGGAUUGUUUUCGCCCUCUUCCUCUGGAUAGAGACUCUGACAGACGUGCUGCUGUUUUGGCUGCCGUUUUACUAUGAGCUGAAAAUAGUUUUCGUGAUUUGGCUUCUUUCGCCGUACACGAGAGGUGCGACCAUACUAUACAAAACCUUCAUUCACCCAACUUUAACGCUACACGAAGAGGCGAUCGACGACUGGUUGGACCGAGCCUUUAAAAACUCUCUAUCGACCGCCAUGGACAUUGGAAAGAAAGCCCUGCUGUACAGCAGAACAAUCACAACUUCCGCUUUUCUCAAAGUUCAAGAACAGUUGCUGAAUCAGCUGCGACAUUUCUAUGCCUUGAAUGAGAAACUGCUUUCGGAAAGUGAUCGGGGUUUGUUUACCGAUUCCGAAUCCCCUUCAAAAGCAGCUAAGCUUCGAGCGAUGUUUCCACAAGAAUCGCAAGGAGCUGCAGCAACUGAGCGAAUCUGGCAAGGCUUCUACACAAACGACGGCAGUAUCAUUGAAAACGAGUUUCCCAAGGAUUUUCAAAAGCUUCUAGUGGAAGACAAACAACGAUGGCCUAAUUACAAAAUGGGAGCAAUUGGCUGUUCCGUCGAAUGA